UACAAGAUGGCGGACGAACUGCCUUUCGAACUAACUCGUGUUCCUUGUGAGGCAAAAGACGUCAACUCUGGAAGAUGUCGGAUUGCACCGAUGGUAGCAGAGAAAAUAAAGGGAAAGAUAAAUUCGCCGGUUAAAAUUCCAGUAGAGUCUGGAUUCGUAAUGUGUUCAUUGUGGCCCAGAUCUGACGGGAACAACAACUUUUUGCAAUUCGAUACACUUGUUAGUCUUCUAAAGAACCCGAAAGAAUGCCAGAAAAACAGCUCUCGCAUCAAGACGAAAAUAUCAUCCGAUGACAUCGUUGUUAUUGACACUUUUGAGGCCAAAUCAGUUAUUAUUUCUCUGUUUUUGUCGAAUUCAGCAGAAGAUUUUGAUCAGAGCUUGACCCAAGUUGAACGUGAGAUGAGAAGGGAAAGAGUGUCUCGUACUUUGCUACGAGAUUUAGCAAUAAUACAAGGUUGUGUUGUUGAGCCAAAAGAAUGUAGAAACGACCACAGCUCAUCUGACAAAAUCAAAAGAAUGAUAAUCAUUGCCACAGACCCCCCAACUCCGUCUUCGGGGAAGAACGCAGUAAAAAUAACUGAUAAAACAGUGAUAACUGUAAAGUCAGUAAAAAGGGGAUGUUACUUCGAAAGCAACAGCACUCAGACUUUAGCAGGCCUUGAUGAUGCUGAGAAGGAACUACAAGAAGUUCUUAACUAUCCUUUCCAGUAUCCAGAAUGCUUUGAACACCUAGGACUUGAAUGCCCCAAGGGUAUUUUACUUCAAGGAGCCCCAGGAGUGGGCAAGACACUUCUUGUUAAAAGUGUAACUGUGCAGUGUAAUGCACAGUUGAUUAUACUGAAUGGUGCUGAUGUAUUUGGACCACAUCCAGGAGAGAGUGAGGAAAAUUUGAGAAGAACAUUUCAGAUUGCAAGGAAUGCCUCACAACACGGUCCAUGUGUUUUAUUUAUUGACGAACUUGAUGCUUUGUGUCCAAAGAGAGGAAACAGUGGUGGUGAACAAGAGAACAGGAUUGUUGCUCAGCUUCUAACUCUUCUUGAUGGUUUGGAAUUCCGGGGCAAGCUUGUUGUCAUUGGAGCAACAAACAGGCCUAAUGCUAUUGAUCCUGCUUUGCGAAGACCAGGUAGACUUGAUAGGGAGAUUGUGAUUGGAGUACCCAAUGCCUUACAACGAUUAUCUAUCUUAGAAGCGCACGCAAGAUCCUUCAAGUUAGCAGACGAAGUAGAUCUAUCGCAUCUUGCCGAGCUGACCUUAGGUUAUGUAGGUGCUGACAUUGCUUCACUGUGUAGAGAAGCAGCAUAUGUGGCAAUGAAAAGGGUACUUCAUUAUAGUAGCAGUGACAACUUGGGCAGCUCAGAUAGUGUCCCUGAGGUAACCACCACAGAUUUCCAGCUGGCUUUGUGUCACAUUGUUCCAUCCAUGUACCGAGGCCUGGAAGGAAUGGUUGAAUUAAAUCCCGUCAAUUGGGAAGAUAUUGGGGGACUUCAAGAUGUUAAAGAAGCUCUGAAACAGGCAAUAGAAUGGCCACUCAGAUAUCCACAAUCGUUUGAACGUUUUGGCCUGAAGCGACCCAGGGGCGUUCUUCUGUAUGGCCCUCCUGGGUGCUGUAAAACCACCCUAGUGCGUGCGUCAGCCUCUUCAUGUAAAUGCACGUUUAUGGCCCUCAGCUGUGCGCAGUUAUACUCGCCUUAUGUUGGAGAUGCAGAACGGAAAAUACGAGAGUUGUUUACUAAGGCCCGGGCGACGGCUCCGUCAAUUCUGUUCCUUGAUGAAUUGGAUGCAAUUGUUGGCAAACGAUCUGGGACGAGCAACACUGGGGCAGAGGCGCGACUGUUGUCAACUCUGCUGAAUGAAAUGGAUGGUAUUGGAGUAUUAGCGAAUAUCUACCAAGCAGAGGAAGGAAAAUCACAUUUUUCAUUACACAAAAAAGAUAGCGACUCCUGUGGCGAACAGUUGAUGAGAAAUGAGUUAGGAUCUGGUGCGUAUGACAAUGCGCAAAUACCCCAUAAAACGCAAAGAUUGAAUAUCAUUAGCUCUUCAACUGUGAAAGACGUUCUUGUUGUCGCAGCUACUAAUCGGCCUGAUGCAAUCGACGAGGCCCUUCUCAGACCGGGUCGAAUCGAUCGCAUCAUUUAUGUGCCACCGCCAGACGUGGAGGCGAGGUUGCAAAUCUUAAGAGUACACACUCGUUCCAGUCCUUUAGCAGAUGACGUGGAUUUAGAAGAGUUCGCUUUGAAAACCGAAAUGUUCUCAGGUGCCGACCUCGAAAAUCUGUGUAGAGAGGCCGCUCUUAAUGCUCUUGAAGAUGGAGGAAUGUCAAUGAGUAAGGUGGAACAUAAACAUUUUAUUGAAGCUCUUUGUACAAUCAAACCCUCCCUUACAACCACCCAGCUACACAAGUGUAAACUGCUGGAGCAAAGAUGAAAUAGGAGUGAG